ACACUCACACCCUAACGCAUUCAGGCACGCACUGCGAGGAUGCGAACUGGACUGAGCUGUUUCGUCCUCAGUGCGUGCACGAGAAGACGUUUAGGCCUUCUGCCGAAAUGAGUCGCAGGCCAAGAAGGCGAUGUUUGUAGCACGGGUAGUACACCCGUCGGCGGCUUGCGUUCUUUGAUCUUCCAUUGUUUCCACGGCCCCCCCGAUGACUCAUCAGGCAGAGCCAGACCACACGUCAGUCGGACUCGAGCAGCGGAAGAAACAGUUUCAGGGUCCGACACUCGUCUCCACCGAGUGCCCGAGAGAAAAGAACCCGGUUUCGUUCCAGUUUGUGUCAUGAUCGCUCUCCUGCCUCUUGUGCUGUUGGCGGUCGCGAGCGAACAACACGAGGCGCCGAGUUCGAACCUCGUCACCCAGGACAGCCAACACUCGGCCCUGCACACCAUCCAGAGAGUCAUCCAGAUCCUACAGCAGUGCGGAGUGGAGGAAACACGAGGUAUGAAGCGAGUCUACCUCUCCUCCCCCAAUGUCACGUGCAACGAUGGAUCGCCGGCUGGGUUCUACCUGCGAAGGUCCCACGGCAGCCGACGCUGGAUCGUCUUUCUGGAAGGAGGUUGGUACUGCUAUGAUCAGCAGAGCUGCCACACACGCUGGCAGCGACUGCGCCACCUCAUGACAUCACGCCACUGGCCAGAGACUCGCAGUGCGGGCGGCAUGCUGUCGCUGAAUCCAGAGGAGAACCAGUUCUGGUGGAACGCCAAUCAUGUUCUGGUCCCAUACUGUACUAGCGACUCUUGGAGCGGGACACGGUCCAAACCCAGUGGGGAGGCUGACUUCAGCUUCAUGGGAGCUGUAGUGGUGAAGCAAGUGGUGAAGGACCUGAUACCACUGGGGCUCCGUAACGCAUCACUGCUUCUGCUGGCAGGCAGCAGUGCCGGUGGGACAGGAGUGAUGGUGAACCUAGAUCCAGUAGCGGACCUACUCAACGUGGGCUACGAGCUCUCCCACAUUAUGGUGCGUGGUGUGUCAGAUUCGGGUUGGUUUCUUGACCGUGCCCCGUACUCACAAGACAGUCAUUCUCUGACACCCCUUGAUGCUGUAAGGAAAGGGAUAGGGCUGUGGCAGGGGCAGGUGCCCCUAGAGUGCCAAGCUCACUACCCUUCAGAGCCAUGGAGGUGUUACUUUGGUUACAGAGCUUAUCCGACGCUUACAUCCCCCCUCUUCGUGUUCCAGUGGCUGUUUGAUGAGGCGCAGAUGACGGCUGAUAAUGUUGGUGCCCCUGUCACCAAACAGCAGUGGGACUACAUCCAUCAAAUGGGGGACAGCCUGCGCAGCUCCUUCCAUAAUGUCACCGCCGUGUUUGCUCCGUCCUGUAUCUCACACUCGGUGCUCACCAAGAAGGACUGGCAGUCUGUCAAGAUAGACGAAGUCUCACUGCCCCAGGCCCUGCGGUGCUGGGAGAUGUUGCACACACACCACAAAAGUACAGUGUUAAGGGAUGUCCCCUUGUCACUGAAACUGGCACGAAACAUGGUACGUAGUGGAGAAGAUUCAGGCGUGGUGCCACCACAGAGGCAACGGAAAACACAGAGCAGUAACAGAGGGAAGAAGAAGAAGAAGAAUAAGAAGAAGAAGAAUAAUGGAACACAUGCCAGACUGAGGCGAGCUGUAGCGAGCUGCCCUCACCACCUCAUAGAGCGCUGCUCAUGGCCACAAUGCAAUCACUCCUGCCCAAGGCUUACCAACCCAUUCACUGGACAGGAAAUGGACUUCAUUGAAUUACUGAAGUCAUUCGGGCUUGACAUGACGAGUGUUGCCAAUGCACUGGGCAUUGACAUCCCUCCCACUUGUUUCUAUGUCACCGUGAGGAAGUGCGAUUGUUAUUCAAUUGAGACUCAUCAUAACUGGAUGGCCUCAGUUGGCAGAGCGCCAUCAGCAGUGAUGGCUGCAUUCCGUGCUUCCACUGUGUUGCUUUGCGUGGGAUUUGCUGUUACUGCAGACCGUUUUGACUGCAACGCCGUAUUCUUAACGGUGUCAUCACUGUGGCAACCCUCGCCUCAUGGUCGCGGGCUGGCCGACCGGGACCUGGAGCUCAACUGGGAUCCUUCGUGUGACCCAGCAAUGUUGCCAGACUGGGUCGGACUCUUCAAUUCCAAUCCUAGCAGUGAAAGCGAACUCAGUCCACUCGCACAGGUGCGCCCUGCAGACCACCAGGGUGGUUUCUUCAGGACUAAUGUCAGUCUGGGUCGUCCAUCACUGCCUGGGGACUGGGAGUUCAGACACAACACUACACCCAUAGAGGGAGACCACUGUCUCCCAUAUUGGGCUGCCUCGUUCCGAGACAACCGGCUGGUGCACAUGGACUGCCUCAAGAUACGACCCACCUGGAUGUGGGACCAUAGGUUGCAGCUACAAACCCUCUCACUAGGGGGCCUAUUCAUUCCUGGCACUCACAAUUCUGCAUGCUACAAGGGGUCUCUCACUCGACGGGACACUUUCUCAAGCUACCUGUUGACACAGGACACUAGCGUGUGGGAACAGCUGGUGCACGGUAUUCGGUACUUGGACCUGCGCAUUGGGUACUAUCCCCCUAGUAACAAGACUCGAACAAAGGACCAUGGAGUCAGGUUUUGGGUAAAUCAUGACCUCAUCCGUGUUGGCCCACUGCUGCCCAUCUUGCGGGAAGUUAAGCAAUUCCUACAGAAAACAAAGGGUGAAGUUGUGAUAUUGGAUCUGCAUCGCUUUCCUGUUGGGUUCCACAGACGCCCUGCCCGGCACCGACGUCUGGUGGCACUACUAACCAGAGAGCUGGGCUCCAUUGCCCUGCCCACGUCAACAGUCACUGCUUCAACCUUACUUAGGGACAUCUGGGACCGUGAUGAUGACCGCAGGCUUAUCAUAGCAUAUGGGGAGAAGAAUGUUGCAGCAGAGUCCACAAUGCUGUGGGGCCCACUCUCCCAGGUGUGGGGUAACCAGCAGACUCCCAGUGGACUCCGGAGCUUCCUACAGUGUAGCAUGGAUAAUGCCAAGCAACGUGCCCCAAGCCUGUGGGCUGCCAUGGCAGAGUUAACCCCCACGCCCCUUGACGUCAUGUUUAAUCCAACAGGCAGUUUGCGUGCCAUGGCUGACGCAGUGAAUCGAAAUCUGACAUCAUGGUUUAAGAACCAGUGGUGGCCACAUGCAAACAUUGUCGCAACAGAUUUCUUUCUAGGGAAUAACCUAAUUGAUGUUGCAGUUACUGCCAACCUUCGCAAAAUAAACAUGGUGGAGUCAUGAUAAUGUCACCUGUACACUGCUCACCCAACACUUGGAUUUCUUCAGGUUGUGAACAUUUUACAUUUCUCAAACUUUGGACGAUCAACUCAGGAGAGGGAGCUGCUGGAACAUUUGUAUCAGUGUUAUGAAAUAUAAUACAAAUAACAAAGAUAUACGAAUAUGGUCAA